UCUGUGCUGUGGGCGGGGGCUGGAGCUGGAGGAGCGGCCACGUCACCGGGGAGAAGCUGCUGCCGCCGCCGCCAAGUUCGCUCAGAGUUUGGGGCAAGUUUGUGUCCAGAGUCCGGGCGCCAUGAACGUGUUCCGUCUGUCCGGGGACCUGUCCCACCUCUUCGCCAUCCUCAUCCUGCUCGCCAAGAUGUACAGCACCAAGUCCUGUGCCGGUAUCUCCGGGAAGAGUCAGCUCCUCUUUGCCUUGGUGUUCACCACUCGCUACCUGGACUUAUUCACCUCAUUUAUCUCCGUCUACAACACCGCCAUGAAGAUUAUUUUUCUGCUCAGCGCCUACAUCACCAUCUACCUGAUCUACAUGAGGUACAGCUCAACCUUCGACCGGGAGAAUGACACGUUCCGUGUGGAGUUUAUCCUGGUCCCCGUGGCUGGAUUGUCCUUCCUGGUGAACCACGACACCGCCCCCCUGGAGAUAUUUUGGACAUUUUCCAUUUACCUGGAAUCGGUUGCUAUACUGCCACAGCUCUUCAUGAUCACCAAGACUGGUGCAGCGGAGACGAUCACCACCCACUACCUGUUCUUUCUGGGAGUGUACCGGGCUCUGUAUCUCGGGAACUGGAUCUGGCGUUACCAGACGGAAGGGUUCUUUGAUCAGAUUGCUGUGGUGUCUGGUGCUGUGCAAACCAUCUUCUACUGCGACUUUUUCUACCUCUACAUCACUAAAGUGCUGAAAGGAAAGAGCUUGGGUCUUCCCUUACCUGUCUGAGGCCAGCAUCAUUUACCAAUGCCAGUGACCAGUGCACAUGUACAAGUGGAAGAUGGGAAAUGGCUUUUAAUGAAAUGGAGUUUAAAUAUCAUGUGCAGAGAUGGCAACAAGAGUGUAUGGGUGCUCAUAAUGGCAUUAAUCUUCAACCAUGUAAAUAGUACAACUGUCAACCUGUGAGCUUAAUCUAGUCUGAAGGGUCUCGACCCGAAACGUAAUCCCAUUCCUUCUCUCCAGAGAUGCUGCCUGUCCCGCUGAGUUACUCCAGCAUUUUGUAUCUAUCUUCAGCUUUAAUCUACAAAAAUGACACUCUUGGCUCUCUUACUGAAGCCCCUUACUUUCCUAUCAUUGCUGCCAUUUGAAUCCGAGUUCUUCCAACCUGACAAUUGCAAAUCUUUACAUAGAAUGGUCAAAUUUCCCUUCCAUCUGUGUGACCCUUGAAAUCUGUUGCGGUGGGUUUUGAGCCUAAGCACAGGACAUUUAUAUUAAAGGGAGCAUAAUUUUUACUA